AUGGAGAAGGUGACACAGGAGUCUGAGCAGCAGGCAUGGCAGGGUGCGGUGGAGGCCCUCCUCCCGUCCACGCCCGCCGCCGCAGCGUGGCCCCACCUUGCCAGCUUCUGCGCGCUGCACCGGUAUCUCUCCGGCGUCGACGUCUGCGAGCGCGUGGCCGGGGAGGACGGCCACCCUGGCUGCGUGCGCUACGUCGCCUCCCGCGCGGCGCCUGCGCCGGGAGAGGAGGACCAGGACCAGCACGAGGCGGCGCCUGCCGCGAUCGCGACAUGGGCCCGCGAAGAGCUGCUCGAGCUGGAUGAUGCCGCGCGCCGGCUGAGCUACGCCGUAGUUGGCAGCAACAUGGGGUUCGGCCGCUACGUCGCCACCAUGAUGGUUGUCGAGGAGGAGACGGAGGCGGCGGGUUGCAAGCUCGUGUGGGAGUUCGAGUGCGAGCCUGUGCAGGGCUGGAGCAGGGACGGGCUCGUCGGCUACCUCGAGACCACCGUCAAGGGCAUGGCUGCGCGGAUCGUGGAGGCCGCCGCCGAUUAA